CGGCGACCUCUUUAAAUCCUGUCCGUUCACGCGCCUUCGGGAGGGCAUCCUCGAGAGCCCUCACCCUCCCAAUCCCGCCGCGCUCCAGGGAUGGCCGCCGCCGCCGCCGCCACCGCCGCCCCGCCCGCCACGCCCUCCUCCCGUCCCCUCCGCAUGCCUCCCGCGCCGUCCACCGUCCAUCCACAGCUCAGGUGCCAUGCCGGCCCCAGCCCCUCGCUCCUCGCGCUGCGCCACCGCGCCGCCCGCGCCGCGCCGGCCCGGGCCCUGCUCGACAAGGCCACGCCCUUCAACUUCGGCGACGGCGAGGAGGACGACGGCGACGACCACCCCCGCGAGGAGUGCGGCGUGUUCGGCGUCGUGGGGGACCCGGAGGCGUCGUCGCUCUGCUAUCUCGGCCUGCAGAAGCUGCAGCACCGCGGGGAGGAGGGCGCCGGCAUCUGCGCCGCCGGGGACGACGGCAAGCUCAAGUCCGUGACGGGGCUGGGGCUCGUCAGCGACGUGUUCCGGGACCCGGCGCACCUCGGGAGCCUCCCCGGGAAGGCCGCCAUCGGCCACGUCCGCUACUCCACCUCCGGCGGCCAGGCCCAGCUGUGCAACGUGCAGCCGUUCCUCGCCGGGUACCGGUUCGGGCAGCUCGCAGUGGCGCACAACGGCAACCUGGUGAACUACCUGCCGCUGCGCCACAAGCUGGAGGCGCAGGGCUCCAUCUUCAACAACUCGUCGGACACGGAGGUCAUCCUCCACCUCAUCGCCACGUCGCUCUCGCGCCCGCUGCUCGCCCGCAUCUGCGACGCAUGCGAGCGCCUCCAGGGCGCCUACUCGCUGCUGUUCCUCACGGCCGACAAGCUCUUCGCCGUGCGCGACCCCUUCGGCUUCCGCCCGCUGGUCAUGGGCCGCCGCCCCAACGGCGCCGUCGUGUUCGCGUCGGAGACCUGCGCGCUCGACCUCAUCGACGCCGUGUACGAGCGGGAGGUGGAGCCCGGGGAGGUGAUCGUCGUGGACCGCCGGGACAUGUCCGUGUCCUCUGCCUGCCUCGUCCCGCACCGCCCGCGCAAGUCGUGCGUGUUCGAGCACAUCUACUUCGCGCUGCCCAACUCUAUCGUGUUCGGGCACGCAGUGCACGAGCGGCGCACCGCCUACGGCCGCGCGCUGGCCGAGGAGUCCCCGGCCCCCACCGCCGACGUGGUCAUCCCCGUGCCGGACUCUGGCUUCUACGCGGCGCUCGGCUUCGCACAGGCCUCGGGGCUCGAGUUCCAGCAGGGGCUCAUCCGGUCGCAUUACACGGGCCGCAGCUUCAUCCAGCCGACGCAGGCCAUCCGCGACCUCGCCGUGAAGCUCAAGCUCGCGCCCGUGCGGGGCGUCAUCACGGGCAAGAGCGUGGUGGUCGUGGACGACUCGAUCGUGCGCGGCACCACGUCGAGCAAGAUCGUGCGCCUGCUCCGCGACGCCGGGGCGCGCGAGGUGCACAUGCGCAUCUCCAGCCCCCCGGUGGUCGGCCGGUGCCACUACGGCAUCGACACGCCCGACGAGAAGGAGCUGAUAUCCAACAGGCUGGACGUCGAGGGCGUGCGCGAGAUGAUCGGCUGCGACUCGCUCGGCUUCCUGACGCUGGACAAGCUCCACAGCAUCUACGGCGACGAGGCGGACGAGCUCUGCGACGCCUGCUUCUCGCGGAACUACCCGGUGCCUAUGCCGGACAAGGUGCCGGCGAUGGCAUCCGCCGACGAUGAAGACUGACCAGAAUGUGCGACUAGGGAAGGGAAGUGGCUCUGUACUCCGCAUGCUUCUAUAGGAUUUUGGGCGUGGCGAAUCUGUGUCGUGGCAAUUGCAUUCAUCGUUUGAAUUUUUGCAGGUCUUAAGUUUGUGUCCCUGAGCGGCUAGCGUUCCUUGGCCUCUCAAACUGAGGUUGCGAAACCUUUUUCUUGAGUCAAUUUAUAUACUGUAUAAGAAAGGUUGACAAGUCAGGCAUCUAAUAUUGUUUCGUCGCCGACGUGAA